AUGGGGGCCCCGGGCAAUAGGGGAUCAUGGGGCCCCUGUGUCCUUGCCCAAACUCAAAAAAGCCUAUGAAAAAGGUACCAGGGACAUCUCAUGGGGCCCCCUACUGACCCCGGGCCCUCAGGCAGUGCUCGAGUUCCCCAAUGGUCAGUCCGCCCCUGCACCCAUCACAUUUUUGUAAAUAUUUUAUUAUAUCCUUUCAUGUUGCAACACUGAAGAAAUGAAACUUUGCUACAAUGUAGUGACAUUACAACUUGUAUAACAGUGUAAAUUUGCUGUCCCCUCAAAAAUAACU